AUGGCCCAGGUGGCGUCAGGCGUGAACAUCCCGGACACCGAAUACGAUCGUGUAAUAAGAAUCGAGAGGCGUACCCUGCCGGCUUUGGCCGAACGCGAAAUGGCAACGCAAGUAUCUUCGGCCGAGAUUACCGACGAGGUCAACACGGCCGAAGCCGACUCGCGCUACCCCAUAGUAAAAUAUUUGCGUGACCCUUCCGACAGCCAUGAGAGGACUACACGUUUCCGGGCUCGGUGUUAUUUGAUUUAUCAGAACGAGCUGUAUCGAAAGGGAUCGGACGGCUUAUUACUCCUAUGUCCCAACGCCGAAGACAUUAAGGUCAUCAUGACCGAAUCUCACGAGGGGAUUUGCGGUGCCCAUCAAUCUGGCGUCAAGAUGAGAUGGCUGGUUCGGAGGCACGGUUAUUACUGGGCGACCAUUUUAAAGGACUGCAUAGAGUAUGCGAAAGGAUUUUACAGGGAAAGUAAUAAGUAUAUUCCUGCAAUUUGUGCUGUGUUAUCAGGCACAGAAGACAUUGGAGUAUCUUCUUCUCAGUUUGAAGAUGUUCCUGUUACAGUUACUACUUCAGGUACCAGUGAUGCCGGUGAACUAAAGAUAAACGUAGAGGUAUCUGGUGCUAAAACUCGAGCAAUUUUUGACGAAGUUUUUGACAAAAUGGUUACUGCAGCCCAACCAAUACCUGGAUUUCGAAGAGUGAAAGGAGGGAAAACACCCAAUAUACCUAGAGACAUUUUGCUGGAAGUCCUUGGACCUUCUAAAGUUUAUAAGCAAGUAAUCAAGAAAGUGAUCAAUUCUGCGAUAGCUGAAUAUGUAGAGAAGGAAGGUUUAAACGUUAGAAAGGACUUGAGAGUGGAGCAAAGCUUUGAAGAUCUUGAAGUUGCUUUUGAACCAGGUGAAGAUUUCAGCUUUGAUGCUGUCAUUCAUCUUCCCAAGUGAACGAGAUAAUAUGUAUAUUUUCCUUUUCCAUUUUUCAAUUUUUGUACGUACUUUGUUUAAAUCUCAAGCAAAGUUAUUACACAUCCAUGCCUAAACUGAUAAGGGGAUCAAACCGGAAAACAGAGAAUGAUAGAGC